CAUCACUGAAAGAUAAGAGAAACAAGAAAAAUAGCAUCGUUAGAGGCAGCCGGAGAUUUCCCAGGCCGGUGCGUCGAAGUAAGGUGCAUCGUCGGACAAGUUGCAUAUCACCGGCGGGAAACCUGAGUGGCCAGAACCUCUAUGCUGCGUCGUCUAAAAAAGGGGGGAUGGCAUGCCGGGAUAAUAUUCCAAGAGCGCCGGACUGUAUAGACGCCGGCAGAGAAGACAAACCGUCGCCGGAGAAGAAGACCCAGUUGUACGCCGGAGGAAGAAAAGAAGCCGGAGUUUCUACCGCCAGACCUGACUGCUGCCACUGAAUGACGCCGCAACCCACUGAACCAGUCACCGGAAGGGGAGCUCGCCGGGGGAGAAAAAAAACAGGUUAGCCGCCGGACCAACGACAAGGACAACGACUACUUACAAGGUGAAUUUUGGAGACAAUCAAAGCUUCGGUUAGGAUUUACUGCAAAUUAAGGAGUUGAGGAUCAUAUUGAAGUUGAUUUCGAGAGCUUCCGCUAGAACACAUAGACUAAAGUGAAUGAGUAAUUUAUUUUAGUCUUAAUGUUAAAGAAUUGUAGUUGAACAAUUAAUUAACUAAAAUUUUAAUUGUUGGUGGUGGAUAGCCUGUGCACUCGGUUAUGUGAGAACCGAGUGUGGCGGUAACGCCCCUGUUUCCCUUUGAAUUUUCCGCUGCAAGACUAUCAUGUUUUCGAAUAAACCAUUAUUUAAAUGUAUUUUUGGGUGGGAAAUUUGGGGGUGUUACAAGUUGGUAUCAGAGACUAUGAAUUUUGAAUUGGGGAUUUAAAAAAAAUAAAAGUUUCUCUCAAGUGACUAUGGGUUUAAAAAAAAAUUCUAAAUAUUUUCUGAGUUUAUCUUAAACUUCCUUUAGUGAUAUCAAUAGUUGGUAUCAAAACCUACGGUUUUGGAAUGGGGAUUUUCGAAUAAAAGCUUUCCUUCAGUGACUUCGGUUUUCAAAAAGGAGUUACUAACGUUUUCUAAGAUUUUCUGAAACUCCAACUAGUGAUCCUGGCCAACAAGUUGGUAUAAAGAUUUUUUUUUCCUAAAACAUAUUAAAAAAAAAUUACAAGACGUUUUCUCAAAUGUUUAAAAAAAAAAAGGUUGAAACCUGUUUUUCUAAAUAUGUUUUGAAGAAAAAAAAACAUAAACAUAGGAAUAAUAAUUGGACUAAGAAAUAAUAUAUUUAGGAUCGUGGUGAGAAUGUGAGAUUUUGAAUUUCUAUUUUGGUAGAGUUUGUGGUUUAUUGAAAUGUUUGAUUUAUAAUUAUAUGAGAUAUAUUGAUUGGAAUUGACUCAUUUGAGAAUGAGUUUGGACUUUUAGAGGAACUUACCAAAUUAUGUGAGUAGUGAGUUAUUAGGUAAGGUAGUAUAAUUAUUGAUGUCAUUCAAUAUAUUUCGUGUCCUAAAAAUUAUUCUUUCAAGUAGACAAUGAAGUCAACAAAAAGCAAAGUAGAAGACAAUGUUGCCGCACCGACGAAUGCGGAGUUGGCUCAAAAUAUGGUUCAACUCAUCCAGACUAUCGGGAGUGUGCUAAUUCAGAACCAACACCAACAACGUCUCAAAAACCGCUAUGAUGUAGCGAAACUUGUUGCGAAGCGCAAUCCCCCGUGUUAUUUAGGCCAAGAAGAUCCUCUCAUCCUUGAGGAUUGGAUUCGCACUUUCGACAAACUCUUCGAUGCUAUAAACUGCCCUGCAGAUCAACGAAUUAAUACGGCUGCGUAUUAUCUACGUCAAGAGGCAGACAAUUGGUGGGCAACGUCUGCCCCAACGUUACGUGGACAACCUAACUUUUCUUGGGAGACGUUCAAGGAGGCAAUGCGAAAGAGAUUCUACCCAGAGCACGUGAGAGCUGAGAAGUAUGAAGAAUUUUUACACCUGAAGCAAAUAGACAUGACUGUCCAAGAGUAUCAUGCUAAAUUCCUGAAUCUCGCACGAUUUGCACCCACGCUAGUUCCCGAUGAAAUCGAGAAAACAAAUAAGUUUAUACGUGGUCUGAACUUCGAGACACAAAAAGCUCUUUGUGUUUCAGAAUGCCAAACAUUGAACGAUGCAUACAACAAAGCUGGCAAACACUAUCGAGUGCAACAACUCCAGAAGAAAACACUCAAGAGAGCAAGGAAGGGGACUGAAGGAGAAAGCAAACCAGGAGGCAAACAACGUGAGCUAAAUCAGCUAGGGCACACUCGGAACGGGAAGAAGAACAACAACCAAGACCAGAAGCGUAAGAAGAAGAACUCAACUCAAGACAUGCACUUCUACUGCUCGAAGUGUGGAAAAGAUCACCCCAGGAAAUACUGUGACGGAACACUCGUACGAUGUUUUCAUUGUGACAAGCUUGGACAUAGGGUAUUCGAGUGUCAUUCAAGGAAGAAGGGAAUCCCUCCCACUCGUGGAAUCAAUGGUCAUGGAAAUAAUACAAAACACAAUGGAAGAAUUGAAAAUAAUAGGCG